AUAUGUUUCAGGAGUCAAAAUGUAUAUAUUCCCAAGUUCUCAAUCAAGACUUCCUACAGCCUGACCGAUGUGCUGUCAGAAAUGGGAAUGACGGACAUGUUUGGUGGUGAUGCGAACUUCAGAGGCAUUGCAGAGGCGCGAGGACUGUACGUCUCAGAGGUUGUGCACCAAGCCACGCUGGACGUGGACGAGACCGGCGCCACCGCUGCCGCCGCCACAGGCGUCUCAGUCGGAUUGGAGUCUCUCGAGGUCCCCGUGAAGUUCGACCAUCCGUUCAUGGUCCUCAUCGCUGAACGCAACGCGGAGAAGAUCCUCUUCAUGGGCAAGAUCCUCAACCCGACCGUCUGAUGGUCUCUUUGUCUCCUAGCUCAACUGUUGCAUCUCACAUAUAAAAAGAAGUCA